CAUGCCACGUCCCUCUCUUAUGUCUUAUCCAAACGACUGUCUGCUACGUAAUGCGAGGCCUACACAUAGUCUUGAAUUCUGAACUCUAAGUACCUAGGUAAGUACCACUACACUGGUGCCACAACGCUGGUUCAUCUUCUAAGUCCCAUUACUACUUACCUAGGUACUUACCUACCUUCGGUAAGCGUGCCUUAGGUAGGUGCCUAUAUACAGAAGGAAAUGUGGGGUACCUAUAUACUUAUACCUACCUAAGUACCUAGGUAGUAAUAGGUACACUAUCCGACACAGUAGUUUGGUUUGGCGCAGCGGCGCCGCAGCCUGAUGCUGCAACUCGCCGCCUACAGCCCGCAGCCCGCCGCCUUACAGCGACCGAUCAACUACCUAACUGCCCGAAAUUGUAAAGAUGAAAGCUGUCGAUAACCUACCACUAUCCAUACAUGCUAGUGUAGCCUUUCUACCUAGUCUAGUCGUGUCUCGAAUUGAAACUAUCAUUUUCACGCCUCUCCGCCUCUGCUGUCGUUAGCGACACUCUGAUCGUCAAAUGAUUCCAUCCUGCCCCGACAUUUGAUGCCUUGACAAGUCGCUGUCAUAGAGCUCCGGGUAAGGCGGAACCUGGAAGACGCAUUAUUUGCGCCGGCACUCGCUUCGACCUUUUUGAAUUCGCCGCGACCUCGCCAACAUGUUGUCGCAACUCGCCGGUUUUGGUCUGGAGCUUGCCCGACGUGCCGACGAAGAAUUAGACCCCGGUGACAAGGACUCGGGAGAGAAGGAAAUAACUUCAUCAUGGGCCCUCUUCAUUUCCAUCGUGCUUCUCAUAAUCGCCUUCUUCACCAGCUACACGCUGCAGCAGAAGAAGGUCCAGGCAGUGCAUGAAACCGUCAUUUCCAUCUUCGCUGGGAUGACCGUAGGCCUAAUCCUUCGAGUAACCUCCGACUCUGGCAUUCCCACCCUCAUCAGUUUCGACUAUCAGAUCUUCUUCAACCUCCUGCUUCCGCCGAUCAUCCUCAACUCCGGGUAUGAGCUGCAUCAGGGCAAUUUUUUUCGAAAUAUAGGCACCAUCUUAGUUUUUGCCUUCGCCGGCACGUUCCUAUCUGCUGUCGUCAUCGGGCUUCUGCUAUGGCUGUAUACACGGAUACCUCAAGGAUUUGACAUGACCUUUAACGACGCUAUAUCGGUGGGCGCGACUUUAUCUGCUACUGACCCUGUAACCAUUUUAGCCAUCUUCAACACCUACAAGGUCGAUCCGAAGCUAUAUACAGUUAUUUUUGGUGAAUCCAUACUCAACGACGCUAUCGCAAUCGUUAUUUUCGAGACGGCACAAGCAUAUAGAGGCGAGGAUGCUGGUGCCUACGGCUUUUUGAGCUUCAUCAAGGGUAUAGGCACUUUUCUACUGAGCUUCUUUGGCAGCUUAGGUAUCGGCGUCGUUGUCGGUGUUGGCACAGCACUGGUUCUCAAAUUCACCUACGUAAGGAGGUAUCCACAUAUCGAGACUUGCUUGAUUGUGCUGAUCACCUACGCGAGCUACUUCUUCUCACAAGCUGUGAGAAUGUCAGGCAUUGUUUCUUUGCUAUUUUGUGGCAUUACUUUGAAACAUUACGCCUACUUUAACAUGUCUCGGCGAACGCAGCUGAGUACCAAGUAUUUUUUCCAGAUUAUGGCCCAAUUAUCUGAGAACUUUAUUUUCAUCUAUUUAGGCCUGUCGCUGUUCACGGACAAUGAGCUGCAGUUUCAACCACUGCUUAUUAUCGUAACUGUAGUGUCUGUUUGUGCAGCGCGAUGGGUAGCAGUCUUUCCGCUAUCUAAAGCCAUCAAUUGGUACCAUCACUAUCGCGCCCGCCGUCAGGGUAGGGAAGUUAGCGAUGAACUACCCUAUAGCUACCAAGCUAUGCUCUUCUGGGCUGGCUUGCGUGGUGCUGUUGGUGUCGCCUUAGCGGCCCUAUUAUCUGGUGAUAAUUCCUACGCCUUGAAGGCUACAGUCCUGGUUGUGGUAGUGCUCACGGUGAUCAUUUUUGGUGGAACGACGGCUCGAAUGUUGGAGAUUUUAGGCAUCAGAACUGGUGUUGUAGAGGAGGUGGACAGUGACGAUGAAUUUGACAUUGAAGCAACCCCAGGAGGGUCGUACUAUAAAAGGUCUGGUACCGGCCUUGGAUUCAACCCACGACAAAGGAAUGGAUCUGUACGGAUGGACAGAAUGGAUGCUGCCAACGGUAGACGCAAUACAGGUCCUGAGCGAGGCAGUUAUGUGUCAGGACACCGCUCACCAAUGCCGCACUCGCGUGCAACAAGCUUAAGCCGGAAGAACUCGCGUCUGGGAGGAGGCGAUGAGCUGGAGAGAUCGGAUCUCCUUGGACAAGCUGCCAGCCUAACAGACUCGGAAGUUGGCAGCGAUAUAGAUACCUCGGAUCUCCCUCCACCUGCCCGCAGGUCACCAAGAAGCAGGUCAAGUCCUGAAUUGACAGCGAGCGGUGCAUCCGAAGAGGAAGGUGUAUUUUCAUACCCGACAUCAGGACAGAGACCUGCCCCCCCUCUUUCUACCAGGUCAGCAAUCAAGCAGCUAUUCACGACGCAAGAUCCUCAGGCUCUAUUCCGACAACUUGAUGAGGAUUAUAUCAAACCAAAACUGUUGUUAGACGGAAACAACCAUACUGAAGGUGGUGCUGGACCCAGCUAAUCGGAUACCAGGUCUAGGGAUAGGUCACGGGAAAUUCAAAUGAGCAUUGAGUGUAUUAGGUGUACGUAAUAUAUACUUGGGAAUAUAGAACUAGGCCUCCUGAUCAUUCAUCUGGAGUUCAGGUUUCAGGUAAACCGCAUCCGAGUCCAUGUCAGCUAUUUUAUCUUGCCUUCAUACCUACCUAAUGAUUAGUCAGCUCAUCGUUGCACCUAGUUGCGUCGACAUGACGAGACAGCGAUAUUAAGCUGAAACUUAAUCCUUAGCCGGUUCGCUUUCCCGAUUGCUCAUUAUUCACCAUACCUCGUAAGAUGCGAGACUUCGUCUAAAUGCUGCUGAGAGAGUGAUAGACCUGUUGGCUGUGGCUUUCGAUGGAGCGAUGGACAGAAGCUGGUAGGUAUAUGUAGGGCUUUCAAUGGCAGUAGGUAGUGAUUUGAGAUACGGCGAGACUACAAGAUCAGCGCAGUGAAAAGGGGUCACUCCGCGUUAUGACUCCAUCGGGACCUUACCUAGCUGAGGUAUGAUUUCAGAGAGCCACGUCACAGAUGCCAAGCAGUUCAUACGACAGGUGCAUGCCAGCUGACAGCCACUACCUAGGUACUGUGUACCUACUUAAUUACGUC